AUGGCAGUUCCAGCCUACCCGAUGCAUUGCUUCAAAUUUCCUGCAGGGCUCUGUCAAGAAAUAAAUGGUGAUUUAGCAAGGUUUUGGUGGGCUAAUCAAGAAAAUGAUCAUAAGAUUCACUGGGGAUCUUGGGACAAACUUGGCAUGAGAAAGGAGAAUGGUGGGCUUUGUUUUCGUGACCUCUUGGAUUUUAAUCUUGCCCUCCUUGGCAAGCAAUGCUGGCGCCUUAUCAAUAACCCGGAUUCUCUCUGGGCUCGUUUUCUAAAAGCUCGUUACUUUCUAAAUAGUGACUUUUGGAAUGCAGAGGUGGGACACCGAGCCUCAUGGGCAUGGGCAAGUCUCAUAGAAGGGAGAGACACUGUGCUCAAACAUGCAAGGAAGCAAAUUUUUAAUGGGGCUGAAACUAAUAUCUGGGUUGAUCGCUGGCUUAAGCUUCCGCAUAAUGAUGUUAUUGUUCCCACUAGACCACUCUCUGCUAACACUCCAAUUUUUGUGGAGGAGAUCAUGAAUAAACUUGAGCGUUCUUGGGACUUAAGCAGAGUGAGCCUAUAUUUAGACCAAGAGACUAUAAGAUGCAUUCUUUCUCUGCCUAUUGGCAUUUCAAGCUUGCCGGAUCGAUGGAUUUGGCCUUGGACUUCAAAUGGGGAAUACUCAGUCAAAUCUGGGUAUCAUAUCACUCAUUCAAUGACAAAUUCAAGAAUUGUUGGUCCACCUCAGACAUCUCAUGUCGUGUCUACUCAUGUUUGGAAGGGCUUAUGGAAACUAAAAUCACUUCUGAAAAUCAAAUUUUUCUGCUGGAGGAUAUUAUCCAAUGCUAUUGCUACAAUCUCAACCUUUUUAAAAGGAAAAUUAGCCAAUCUCCCAUGUGCCCUGUCUGUGAAAAUAAUGAAGAAUCUGUGGAACAUCUAUUUCUCCUUUGUCCAUGGACAGCAGCUGUGUGGUUUGGCUCCCCACUAA